AUGUACUGGUAUGGUAGCAACAUCGUCAGCGGCGGGCCGUCGGUGGUGCGCCGCAUAUCGUCUGCCAAAUCCAAUGUCGAGCUCUUGAACUCGCUGAGGUCAAACUUCGUAGCAGCCCAGCAGAUCGAGCCCUCUCACACAAAUGAGCAGGAGGCCCACUCACCCCCUCAGAAACUCUCCUACAGCGACUAUAAAACAUGGACGCGCCAGGAUGGAGACACUCUGUAUGUACCGGCAAUCGACUUCGCGGUAUCCGGGCUUGCUGAGGAUCGCUCGCAGUAUGAUAUCACGGUGAAAUUGUUUUAUCUGCCCGGAGUUCCGGCGUCCAGGAGGUGCGAGCAUACGUUCUCAGCCAUCGACCUCGUUCUCAAGGAGCUUCAUGUGAAUUCCAUAGAUCUUCUCAUCGUUUCCUUUCCGGGAAUAUCAUUUGAUGCGGAUGAUGAGGAAGAAGAGGUAGUUACUGGCGACGCAGAAUCGGAGUUCGAUAAUAUGAUCCAAACUUGGCGAACAUUAGAAUCAUUGUACGACAAGGGUAUGAUCAAGCAGCUUGGAUUGGCUGAAUUCGAUAAAGAACGACUGGAAAAAUUUCUUCCACAUACCAAGGUGCGGCCUUCUGUUGAUCAAAUAAACGUCAAGGACUGCUGCGUCGUGCCAAAGGACCUGAUACUGUACGCCAAAGAAGAGAAAAUUGGCCUUUUGACGCAUAAUGAUUGCACAGACAUUCUUCCCAAGGGAACAAUACGCGAGCUGCUAUCUUGUGGCGAGAACGGUGCGGGUAUUCUGAACUUCGCUGCUGAUACCGACGAUGUCGGAAUCAAAGGAGAUAUUGAAUCACAGUGGGUAGUCAAGUACACAGCAGUGGUCAAAGACCGGGGUGUAAUUGAGAACAAAGGUUACUUUGCCCUUGCUGAAGUAGGAAGCUGUAUACGCGUAUCUUCUUAG